CCUAAGGUAGUUGUCACGUGACUUCUGCGAGGAGAAUAAGAAGCUGGGUGCUAAUGAAAACAUGGCAUAAUAUCUAUUUGGAGACAACGACUAGGUCUUCGUGGAAACCUUUGAAAAUCGGGAUAUUCUAGACGCAGUCUAAUCAACAGAAGGUACUGACAGUUUGAGAACUCGGUGAACGCGUGAACAUCAUGCUACCGCCGUUGGAUAAAGUCAUAGCCGGACUGGUCGUGCUAUGUCUACAUUACAGCUUCGCAAACGACGUGUUAUCCGACACAGCAUCUAUGCAAGACGAUGUUCAGGAAAUGGACAAACGUAGACUGGAUUCAAUUUCUGCUCAUGGACUAAGUGGCUUUGCUAAACGUAGGUUCGACAGCAUAGCUGAUUACAGAGGAUUUUCUGGAUUUGCAGACAAACGACCAUUCGACUCUCUCUACCGAGGCAGAUUAAACGGCUUCGUCAAGCGUCCAUUCGAUUCAAUCCAAGAUGGCAACCUUCGUGGCUUUGUUAAACGACGUCUUGACAGUAUCGGCAAUUAUGGCGGACUUUCAGGGUUUACCAAGAAAUCACUAGAUUCAAUCAACAGAGGUGGACUCGAUGGAUUUGUAAAGCGACCCAUGGAUUCAAUCUACCGCGGCGGUCUGAACGGAUUUGUGAAAAGGCCAAUGGAUUCAAUCUACAGGGGCGGUUUGAAUGGCUUCGUCAAGCGUCGACUUGACUCGAUCGGGAGCAGUGGUUUGAGCGGAUUUGUAAAGCGUGAUGGCGAAAACGCCGAGGGCGAAGUCACAGAUUAGAGUCGAAUGAUUUCAUUUCAACAAUUUCGUAAAAAUAGUUUUAAAAAGUAUAAAUUUUCAAAAGAUACUAUAUUUGACACACCAUAUUUUUGUAAGACGAGUACUUGUAUAUGUUUAAGAAGGUAUAUUGUACGACCAUUUAGAACAGUGCACAGAUCACAAAGUAGUAUCACUUUCAUCAUGUUCACGUCAAUACAUGUAACAAAAUUACAACUUGACAUAUUCUUUUAAUGAUUUUGAAAAAAGUAAUCUAUUUCGUUUGCGGUUAAAAAUGACAAAAAUCUUUCCGAGUUCAUGCACAAAAUAAAAAAAAUAGAAAAAAAUGCAAGCAAGAUUCGGUUUGAAAUUCAUUGCAGUGUACAUAUUUUAUUGUUUUUCUUUGUUUGCUUAUUUCACUAUGUGUAUCAUUUGGUGUUUGUUUGGAAUUCAAGUUCGUGGAAUAUACAGUUCUUAUUUCUGUGAAGUGAUCCAUUUCAUGAAGUCAUUUAGAACAAAAAUUAGAACUUGUAAUAGGUUAAAGUUAUUUCACAAAAAUCGUUAUUCCAAGCAUCCUUAUCGACCAAAAAAAUAUAUUAUUAUAGUAAUGUUAAAUCAUUGACUAGAGGAAACCGUUUUGAGGCAAGAAUUUAAAGCCUGUAGCAUUACUUAGCCUAUUUUACAGCCUAUGAACUUAUGAACCUUUGUGAAAGUGACCGAAGAAUUUUUUGUGAUAUGAACAUUUAAGGUAUACAUUUUUUUUUUUUUGGUUUCGUUUUAGAAUACAUGUCCCUUUUUUUCGAGCAUGAUUUUUUGGUAUUUCAAACUGAUAAGAUAACAUCCAACACAGGACUAUAGUUUUGUGGAAUUGUUCAGAGGAACAUGUAUAAGACAGGACGAUUUCGUCCACGGAUCAAGACUCCACCAACACGUUGCUAUGUAUACCACAACGCGUUUGCAAUGACUCAAUUCUAUCAAGCGCAACAUAUGUUGUUGUUUUUUUUUAUUUCUUUACACAAGGCUGAUCAAGAUUUUUUCUCUAAUUUUGAAGGGUACUUUUUGCUUCUUUUUGAACAAUAAUUGAAGUAGUUAAAAUGAAAAUUUUAGAAUCUUCUGAAUACUAAGAUUGGUUUUAAAAAGACAUAAAACUUAAUAUAUCAUUAAAUAAAAAUUCUAACACUUAAGAGUUUCAUUUAUAUAAACAAAGAAGGAUUUUGUCGUGUGCUGUCUUGUUAUUAAUACACUUUUCGCAAAAUGGACUACUUUUGGCUAUUCCGGCUAAAAACGAUUUCCAGAUUAGUAUCCCUUCCUGGCGUAAUUCGAACGUGUCAGAAUGGAAAUAGUUUUAUUUAGAUGCAUUCGACCUUCGUGAUAAGAUUACUACGCAUCUGAACUCAAAACCGUGUUUUAUUUGCCAACAAAGCACGCAAAACUAAAAUCUAUUUCCCAAAUAAAGAUUUUUUAAAACAGUUCAAUGAUAUUCAUAUAAGACAGGUUUUAAUGUUUAGGUAUUUAUCAGACUUCAUUCAACACGCUGUGAAAUUUCUAUUUAGCUCAUGGUUUACAGUCAUGGUAUUUAGGUACACGAUAAAAUACAAUUUUAGAGUAAUUUAAGGUAAUUAUUUAUUUUUAAUUAAUUAAACCUUUAGAUUUUUUUCAUGCACAUGCGUUUCAAAAGCUCUCUCUUUACGUAAACACAAAACAUUAAUUUUAUCUGAUCCAUCUGUUUGGCAGUUAAUUGAGGGUGCAGUGACUGAAACAUAAAGGAAAAUUGCACUAUUGCACUAUACAGACAAGUCAUUAGAAUGGAUUAAAUUAACAUUUUUGUCUUCAGCGCGAAUUUUUUAAGCGUCUGGCCAAUGACUAAUUUAUUACUUUUCACCUUUGAAAUGGCACUUUAAUAUUUCUUUUAUUUGGACUUUUUGGGAGAUAAAUAUAGAGGUCAGCAGUUUCUGUUAUAAAAUCAAAAGUAAUGUUAACUUUUUUAUAUCAAAUAAACUUUCCACACAUAUAUUGCUUGA